AUGUUAUGGCUGCCAAAUUAUAGUCACAUUCAUUCUAACUGUCCCAAACGAUCUGGUAGUUCCAUCACGGAAUCUGCUCCUAGUUGUUCUACAUCUGAUAGUACUGUAAAUGCACUUUCCACCCAAAAUUUUUCUAAAAAUCCUAUGCAUGUUGAUAUUCAGCUUAAAGGAACUCAGUUAACUGCUCUCUAUGACACUGGAUCACAAACAACACUUAUUACGGAGAAAACAUACCGCAAAAUUGGUUCUCCACCAUUACAUCCUUCCAGAAUUACAUUCUCAGGACUUGGCCGAGACACAGUUAAAAGUAUUGGAUUCCUUCAAGACUACAUUCAAAUUCAAAACACUAUUUUACCUGCUAAAAUACAUGUAGUAAAAAACUAUAUGAUUCCUCUUGAUGCCAUUAUUGGAAUAGACUUUUUGCAACAAACUCGAUUUACAUUUGAUAAAGACGGUAUUCAUUUAUGCAACAAUAAUAAUGAUCAAAUUUUUGUUAAUGUCGCUAAUGUUACUCAUGAUUACACAUUUCCACCUAAUCUUUCACACAUCCCAAAAUCGGAAAUUUUCCAACAAGUUCAACAUAUCAUUACUCCUCACAACCCACAUGAAGUUAAAACUGCUAUGGAAGAUUUUCAGAAAAUAACAGAAAGUGAAAAUCAGUUGAAGAACACAAGUAAGGAAAAUAAUGAUGAUGCACAUGACGAUUCAGAAUUGGAUUUAGAUGAUGACAAUUUGGAUUUGGAUGAUCACGAUGACAAAGAUGAUGCUGAUACCAAUCAUGGAGCUCAUGACGAUGAUGUUGAUGAAGAUGGUGAUGACGCAAACGACGACAUUGAUCAAGAUCAUGAUAUUGAUGAUGACGACAUUCAUAACGCUAAUGGUGCUGCUGAUGAUGAUAGCACUCAUGAAGCUAAUGAAGAUGAUAUUAAUGAUGUUGAUCAAGAUGACGUUGCUGUUGUUGAUGAAGAUCAUGUCAAUGAAGAUGAUGUUGAUGACUGA